CUGUAACUAUCGGAGGGGGAAGGGAAGCAGAGAUUGGAGGGAGUGAAACUGAGAAGCCCCCAAGAGGCCAACUUGACCUGGGCUUCUCUUGGGACGUCUGCCCCCUUGCUGGCCGGGCUCCAUCAUGUUAACAGUCCCGCUGCAGUAACCUUAGCUCUUUCUCUCGCAUUUCUUGGUGGUGGACUCCAGUAAAGCUGAUUACUCGGUGCACAAACCAGGAAAAACCCAAGUCACAAGGGCAGAUUCAUAAGCGGGCCCUGACACAGCCAAGCCACUGGCAGCGAACCUCCAUUUUGAAGUUGCUGUAGGCGCCAGUGCAAAGAACCUGUUGGGUGCAGGAAGGACACGCCCCCCCCCCCCUGACCCAGAAUCCCUUCCUCUCAGAUGGCACAGCGGAGCAAAUCCAGUGACAUCGCAGGGAAUCUGUGGAGGAAGGGAAAAAAGGGGGCUCACUGGCACCUUGUGCGCUGAUGACAGACUGAGACCGAUCCUCAGGGGCCUGGAGAGCAGAGCGGUGUGGACGGCGGUUUUAUCUGAAGCCCAGCAGCCUCUCGGGCUGCGUUCUUGCCCCGUCGGCCCGUCGGUUAUAAACGGGCGCUGGUGUUUCGCCGUCACCGCUCCGGAGCACCUGCGCCGAGACGUCAAUGGCUCGCCAUGCCGACGCCGGCUCUCUCACCUUCCUCCCCGGCGCUCCCUCCUCCUCCUCCUCCUCCUCCUCCUCCUCAGAGCUGACCGGCACAUGUUGAGGGAGUGCUCAGCGGCGUAAUCUAUCAAAAUCACUUUAUAGCUCUGCGGUCAGAGCGGAUCGACAGAGGCUGCGAGCGGGAGGCUGAGGAAACGCAGAGUGACACGCUCCCCCCCCCUCCCCCCCCCCUGCCCGGGACACUAUGCGCUCCCACGCGCCGGUGCGUGGGAUGGACUGGGCUAACGAAGGCGGGCUUUAGGAGGCAGCAGCAGCGAUCGCCGGCCCGGGCCAUGGAAGGGGACACCGCCAUCGAGGCGCACCCAGCGGGUUUGAACGGCUUAUCCCAGGAAGGCGUACUACUGGAAGACCGAACCAACGGCCACUCCAAUCACAAACACGGACUUAAUGGCUUGACCCUGGAGGGCCACAAAGACCACGUCAACGGCAACUCGCUGCUCAAGUCUCUCCCGAUUUCGGCUUUGAAGCAGAAUGGCUUGUUGCAGUCUCUCACGGCUGGAGAAGAGCCACAGAAGACCGAGGAGGAGAGCGCGGAGGUGCAGGAGGCACGGGAGCAGUGGGAGGCCCUGGAGAGCAUCCAACCAGUUCUACCUGAGGACUCCGCUCCCACCCCUCUCAUCUCCUUCAAUGAGGCUCUGCAGCACUUCCAGACCACAGACCUCUCCGAGCUGCUGAGGGACAUCCAGCCCACCCUGCGUCGCUCUGGCCUGGCCGCCAUCACACACUUCCUGUUCGGCCCACCACGGCUGCACCGCGAGCUGACGGAGGAGAGGGACCUGGUGUUCGCCAUCGCCCGCUGCUCCCUGGACAACGGCCAGAAGGUCCACACUCGAGUGCUGCAGACCAUCUACAAGAGGCUGACGGGCAGCCGGGCCGACUGCCCUCGCUACGGCCCGCACUGGGAGACCGUGGGCUUCCAGGGCACCGACCCGGCCACUGACCUGAGGGGAACGGGUUUCCUGGGCCUGAUGCACACGCUGUAUCUGGUCAUGGACCCGGAGAUGCUGCCAUUGGCCAGAGACAUCUACAAGCUAUCCCAGCAUCCCACACAGAACUUCCCCUUCAGCGUGAUGUCAUUCAACAUCACCCGCAUCGCGCUCCACGCCCUCAGAGAGGAGGCCCUCACCAGGGAGUGUAACCGGAGGCAGCAGGUCGUGGGGGUGCUGAACGAGUUCUACGUGGCCAGUUUCCUGCACCUGUUCCAGGUGUGGAAGUCCCAGCAGAAGACCAUCAGCGACUCGGGCUUCGUGCUGAAAGAGCUGGAGACAUUUGCCAAAAAGAACCCCAAGCAGGUCCUGAGGCGCUUGGAGGCGUUCCAGAGAGAGAGGCGCGUGGGGGCCGGGGGAAGGCUUUCUCCGGACGCCCAGUCCUACUGCAACAUGUCCCCCCGCAACGGGGGGCCACGGGCGGGGCUGACGGCAGCAGCCCGGGCCAAGGAGAUGAAUUUCACCGGGGUGUGUGAGCUGCCCCCGGAGAUGGAGGGGGAAGCCAGGCUCAUAUAAGGGCAGGAAACCCGGCCCCAAGAACAACUUUGGCUCUCAGGGUGGGCAGUGGGCCCAAGCACUGAUCCAGGGUCAGGUAGCCACACGCUAACGUUAGUCGGUGCUUGGGGGCACUGCUCGUUAGCACUGACCCUGGGCCAGUCUGGCUCCAUCCCUCCUGCAGUGAACACGCUCCGUUCCGCAGCCCCUGGAGAACUCCCCGCAGGUCCGCAAGUGGGCCCCGCCCCGCCACCUCGCUGUCCAAUCAGACCCCGACCCACCACCGAGCUGUCCAAUCAGACCCCACCCACCAACCGAGCUGUCCAAUCAGACCCCACCCACCAACCGAGCUGUCCAAUCGCACGACACAGUCAAACCUUUCCUGUAAAAGCGUACGGCGGUCUCAGAGCGAGACAUGCGUGUGUUUCUCUGGUGUUGUCCGUGCGCAGGAAAAUGUGCAGGGUUAAUUCAACACCCACAGAGUACAUUUCAGUCCAAGGGACCAUUUGUGCUCUGUAAAAAACGGAUUUCAAAUUGAGCAUUUUACCGUGUACUCCCGUUAAAUUCAUAAUGCCUUUCCUUCUGCAGCCUGGAAUGAGAGAGGCCGAUAUUAUAACCGCUUUUUUCCCCCCUUAAUAUCUGUCAGCAAAUGAAACGUGCAGUAAAAGCCCCCAAAAAAACCGGCACAGAACACACGAUUUAUGUCAGAGAUUAAUGCCAAGAUUGUUCCUCCUCUAAGGGUUGGCGUGGGCCAAAUUAUGCCCCUGGGCCUUCGUGCCUAUUUCUGGCCCUGAUGCCCUGAUACUGGCUGUAGCUUUACCCGAGAGAACACGUGCAGUCCUCACAGCAACGCCACAGACCCUGGGAAGGGAAAUGAUUAUAAAACACAGGAAGAUCUUUAGCCCUUGUGUUGUCUUAAGGGUCUGAAAUUCCCGGCCACUCUGCUUUACAGCAGAGAGAACACCCUUAAUGAGCUUUUUUCAGCUUGAAAUUUGAUAACAAAGUUUGUGAUGAGUUGGCAGGUUGUUUCUUCAUGCAAAAUAGAUUUAAAAGUUUAAAAGUCAAUUAAGCUGCUUUAUUUUAGGGGUUUAGUGAAGGCGGCUCAUUUUUUUUACCCUUUGGACAAGGGGAGUGUACAGAAUGUUAAGACUACACAAGGGUUAAAUCACACGUGCACACAUGCACGCAUACACUCACACCAACGCGUGUGACUUUUACGAGAUGUACAGAACAAAGGCCAUGAUUCGUGUGAUGAGGCAGCUCACAUAUGGGGUCACAUGCUGGAGUACUGGAGUACUGUAGAAGUGUGAUUCGCUGGCUGUGGGGGGUUUGAGUAGACUGGGUUGUAGCUCUAUGGGUGUACUGGGUAACCGAGGGAGUCAUAAGCCUGCCCUCUAAAAAUCAGGAAAGUGGUGGUGUGCGUCUGGUACACGUGCAGGAAACUUAAAAAAACUCUGAGCAAGACUGUCUUUCGAACACACAGCGCCUCUAUUGGACGCAUGUUGAUAAACCAUCAAAACAAGGCCUCUCUUUUAUUUAGACAGAUUCAGCAGUAACGCUUUCCUUUAAAUCUGCCUUCCAGGCCCACGUAGGUCUAUAUAUUGGAUAUAAAACAGUCCCGACACAAUAGCAGAUGUACUCUGUCCACUAUGAGUCCAGGGUUUAGGUUUCUCACUGAGAUCAGCAGGGAAAAGGCACCGGUCCGUGUAGAGUCUCCCUUUUUCCCGGGCGUUUUUUCAGUGCCGCUUAAACAUGAUCAGAGCUCCCAGUUUUCUGGGGAUAUAUUUUUGAAUAAUUUAAAAACUAUUUUAGUCCUUCGCAAAAAGAAUACCUUUCACGAAAAAAUAAAUGGCACUUGAAGAUGUCACUUUAGUCUGAAUGCGGAUGGGGGUUAUUUUUCGUGGGCGUCUGUCGAGUCCCGGGUUUGUGCGAGAUCGUUACGGAGAGAGAGCGAAACGCAGGGGAGUCUAACCAAAAUCGACUGGCGCAGGAUCUCUCUAAAGUGCUAGCGUCCGUUGGCUUCUUCCCCUACCGUGGACAGUAUUUCCUACCGUCUGGACUGCCUAAGCUCUGGCGUGCACUGGCGUAACAUGAAUUCAGAAAUGUGAAAUUGACCUUUCUCCGUGCAUUUCAGUGACGAGAGUCUUCAUGCUGACGGGCGCACAGUGCACAGCGCGGGGGUAAGAGGGCGCGGGGGUGAGUUUAAACCUUCGGUGGAAAUGUGGAUCACCGUAAUGCUGGGUGCCUUCAGAGGCCUUGGGACGCUCCGAGGAGAAACGGGGAGACAGAUGCAUGCUGGGCGAGGGGAAAAUGGGUUAGCUUUGUACCGGUUUGUGUGCGUGUGUAUGAGAGAGAAAAUAAUCCAUAUAUUAGGCUAUUCUGUAUAUUGUUGCAGGUGAAGUUGUGGACCACAGUUGAGGUAUUUUGUUGCUAGAUUCCGGUACUCCUGUGAACUCACAGCAGGAUCGAUACUUCAGCCCUUUCUCAGUAGCAUGUCGGGUAGCACUAGAAUUGUAGCAUCUGAUAUUGUUGAUGUUUUCUUCCCUUGUGAAGCUUGUUAUAUGAUUGAAAUGGUCGUGUCCACUCAGUUCCAGUCUUUAGUGUAAAUGUGGAGCUUGCAACUGAAAACAUUUUAACACAUUGUUUUAGUAGCUCAUCGGAGAGUAUGUAAGCUGGAUAGAUCACGUUGACCAUCAUUUUCUUCAGACUUAUCUUUGUUCGUUUUGUUUGUUGUGAAAGCAGGCCCCGAUCGGGAACGGACGGUAGUCGCAGAUUUUCUACGUUUAUUCUUUAAUCUUUAAUUCUCGAAUCGGAUGGUUUCACUGGUGUUGACCAGAACGGCUCGCUGAGUUAGCCAUCUGGUUUCUGCGUUGGGCCUACAAUCGGGAGGUCUCUGUAGGUGUACCACACUGCCCUGCUUGCAGUGCAUAGCCAAUAGUUUACAGUACCAUAAACACCUUGGAGCAGUUAGACCUCUGUUGACAUAGCUGUUACCACCUCCCUAGAUAAUGCAAGUUUUAUUUGGGACGAAGAGUUUUAUUUACAUUUACCAAGGGGAUAGUCAAAAGGAAAAUUAUUAAUCAGAUGGUAGUCAGCUCUAUUUUUUCUCAGAUAGCUGUGGAUGUUUUCAUUGCCCUAGUGUGGAAUGUUUCCAGUGCCUAGGAAUGUUGUCGGGGGCAAGUUGCUGUUGUCUUCUCUGUGUUGUGUUGUAGCUCGCCUGCAUGGAGGAGAGAGCUGCCAAAAAAAUGCAGAGGUCCUCUGGGCUUCUAUUUUCGAUUACAAGACGUGAGGGAAGUUUGGUUUUAAGUUUUCUCCCCCACCCGCCUGGUUUUGUGAAAUUAGUGAAUGCGUCUAUCUACUUCCCCCCCAGUUCAGCCCAAACAAUUGUAUACGUAUAUAUGAUUUUAUUUUCUUUCCAGAGAAGACUUGGCUUAAUUGAAAUGAUGUGGAGGUUUGUACAUAGAGAAUAAAUAUUGAUUGUAACAGUAUGAUUAUUACCUGGGCAUUAUAUUGAAGUAAAUUGCUUACCUCAGACUUAAGCCAAAUCCGUCUCUCUGCAUCUUAGUAUUUGUUGAGACAUCAGUGAUUGGAUCAAUAAUCGACUAUUUUCACUGAAGAUGUAGCACAAACUGUAUCUUAUCUCCCUUACUCAUAUAUUUAACCUGGAAAUGUAAUGUGUAUUCUACACAAUAUUUUAGAGGGAAAUGGUAAAGAAGUCACAUGUACAAGUCACAGUGUAAACAUUAUACAGGCCUGCACGCUCAGACAGACAUAGCUAUAAAUCUGCUUAAUUGGCGCCUUGCUUAAGGGACUUUAUUACAAUCUUAGCAAAUAAAACAUAGAACAAAAUCAAAUAAAGUACGCUGUUUUUGUUGUGGCAGAGUGCGUUCGCUUUAUGUAGUUAAUUCUCUUUUUUUUUUUUUACAAGGAUGAGAAUGUCUCGAAAAAACAAUCCCCCUCGGGGUUCUAAACUUUAAUGGCACGAUAAUUCGAUUUUCUUGACUGAAAAAGAACGUCUGUGCCUGAGUGGAGAUGUGUGUGUGUUGCAACUGCAAAAACCAGAGAAUGUGGACUAAAUCUUCUGUACCUCUGCCUUCUCUCAGAGGGCACAUGGGGAAAGAAGGGCCACAAGUACCAGAUAAGUUAGUCUGGUAUCUGAAGAGAGUGGCUUUCUGAAUUUCCUGCUGGCUGAAUUAAAGGGUAUCGCCACUAUAUAUUUUAAGGUUUAAUAUGUUACUCCUUACCAUUUCUAAAUUUGCAUAUUGCACUGUUGCUUACUCAUGAAAAACUUAAACAACACUUGUGUGCUUAUGUUCUUGAAGUGUGUAAAGACAGACUCCAUACCCUGGCCUGUAGAUGACAAACAACAGGACACUGGCUUGUCUAUUUUUAACAUUGUGCUAACGGGCAGAAGCAACUUGAUCAGUGCAUUUUAGGUGCUGCAGGGGUCUAGAGACCAAGUGAGAUUGAGUACACUUGGUCUCAGAAAACCAAAAAAAAAAAAAAAAAAGACGAUUAUAUUGAUGUUUCUAAUGACAAUAAAGGGCUUGAAUGUUUAGGACAGUCGCCUGUCCUUGCUCUAAAGAAUCUCUUUGUGAAACGCAAACAAGCCGGCAGGAGUUGCAGGAGUUUAAAAUCCUGAGCCCUUUCUGUUACUCGUGUUAGAGAAGGCUGCCCCUUGCAAAUAUCAAGGCUGACAGUGUUCAGUGUUGUGAUGCUCCUUCCGUGUAAUGGUCGUAGCAGACGCCACACUGAGAUCUGCUAGGGAAUAACAUAUAAACUUAUUUUUGGUGAAGAUGCCCUUUAAAACAAAAACAAAUCUCCCCCCACCCCCCCCCCCAGUUUAUUGCUCUUUAUUUGAAACUGUUUAAUCAUUUAUCGUUUCUGUUGUUCCCCCCCCCCCCAGAGCUCUUUAUGUAUGCGGAUUGUAGAAACCCUAUUUUAUAAUGAAAGUUAUUCCAGAAUAUAUACGGUUGUACAGUAAUGUAUUGUAUGGAGAAACAUUAAU